CUCAGGUUGUGUCUCUGUCUUCCUGGGUAUUAGUGAUUCAUCUACUGAUCUUGUACAGCUUUGUAAUCUGCUCUGUUCAGGACUCCAAGAAAGCUGGAUGACAUUGGAAGAUACAGUCUUCAGUGCACUUAUGUGUCCUUCUCUUACAUCUAAAACGGAAUCAAUCACUGAGAUCCCUUAUUAUUAUCUCUGCAGAUCAUCACAUUAUGCAGAGAUGGAUGGAGCGGCCACUGUGAUGUCACCAGGAUUAUAUACUCCUUCUACAGAGAUGCCACAUCCAGUAUGACCUCAAGAAAUGAACUCAGCUUGAUGGGACUCCUGAGUAAUAGUGAUAUGAUGUCCUGCUGCCUUCUCCACUUCUCAGCCUUCUACACACUUCUCCCUCUCUCCCACUUGUAUAUCCUGGCCUAUUCUUAUAUAGACAUCUUAGAGCGGCCAUUUGUCAUUCUCUGGAAUGCACCGACCCGACCAUGCCUGGAAAAAUAUGGGGUAGCGAUUGACCUACCCAAUUAUGACAUUAUCAUCAACCAGAACCACUCGUUUCUGGGCCCUGAGAUGGUGAUCUUUUAUAACACCCAGCUGGGCCUUUACCCAUUCUAUGACAAAGACAACAAACCAGUCAAUGGUGGUCUUCCGCAGAAUGGCAGCCUGGAGGAACAUCUGGAGAAAGCUCACCAAGACUUAGGAGCCAUCAUGACUGAUGAUAAUUUUAGGGGAGUGGCAGUGGUAGACUGGGAACAGUGGAGACCCCUGUGGGAUCGUAACUGGGAAAGAAUGCUACUCUACCAGCAACGGUCACUAGAAUUGGUCAGUCAGAUGCAUCCAUAUUGGUCAUUUAGGAAGAUAAGGAGAGUGGCCAAAAGACAAUUUCAGGCAGCUGCCCAAAGAUUCAUGACAGCCACUCUUAAGCUGGGCCGCAAACAGAGACCGCAAGGCAUCUGGGGGUUCUAUGGAUUCCCAGAAUGUUAUAAUUUUGAGUACAAAAACAGUAGCCAGAACUACAGUGGGAGAUGUCCAGAGGAAGAAGUGCAGAGGAACAGUGACAUUAGCUGGCUGUGGAACAUUAGCCAAGCCCUGUACCCUCACAUCUACUUAGACAAGGACCUAAAAGGCUCUGAGUAUGUGCGGCCAUUUGUGAGGCACCGACUUGAAGAAGCCAUCAGAGUGUCAAAACUACGAAGGGGGACUGACCUACCUGUUCUCCCAUAUGCCCGCAUAGUGUAUACCUAUGGCAUGGACUUCCUCACUAAGGAAGAUUUGAUCCAAACAAUUGGACAAAGUGCAGUGCUGGGGGCAUCUGGUGUCAUUUUAUGGGGGAACUCAGACUACAGCUCCAGUAAGAAUUCCUGCCUGGCUGUACAAUCCUAUGUAGAUGACACCCUGGGUAAGUACCUAAAGAACAUCACCACAGCCAUAUCAAUGUGCAGCAGAGCCCAGUGCUCGGGGAAUGGCCGCUGUGUGCGUAAACACUCUGAUUCUGAUGACCAUCUGCACUUGGAUUCCCAAUUCUUCAGCAUUGAGCAGAAUCCACAUGGAAAAGGCUACAUGAUACACAGAAAGCAUCCCAGAAAGAAGAUGGAUGCCACAUGGUUACAGUUCCUUUGUCGCUGCUACAGUGGAUGGCAAGGAAGUGACUGUUCACAGAAGGUGACCAUUAAUAACCCCCUACAGUCAUUCCAUAAUGUUACUGUCUUGACCACCAACAGGAAGAACAAUGAUCAUCCGACCUGAGAGAUUGUAACUUGGAAAUAUAUAUGUCAAUAAUGUCUCAUGAUGCAUCAUUUCUAUCUAUAGUUAUAAAUCUUUACUAGAGUUUUUUUUUACCUUUGAGCACAAGAUAGUUGCUGUCCAUGUCAAUAAGGAGACAUAUCAUAGGCUGCGGGUUAUCCUGGAGCCAUGAGAUGCUACAGUGUAGAAAGUCUCAGAAUGUACCUGUCACUUUGGCUACAGGAAAGACACCUUAUCGGGGAGAUAAGUCUGUGAUUUCCUAUACAAGCAGUGGCAGUUAUGGUGUCUGACCCCAGUAGAGUUGUGCCUGGGGGCUAUUAAUAUGUGUGGUUGCUUGUUUCUUAUAAGAUAAUAAUAAUGUUUUUGUUUAUAUGUACUUUCAUAUCCCAUAAGGCUAGUUGUAUCCACCGGCAUCCUGCUGAAAACAGGAAGCUGAUGUAUACUGUAAAUGGGAGCAGCAGACCCCACUAAAUUAUGCUGACGUAUACUGUAAAUGGGAGCAGCAGACCCCACUAAAUUAUGCUGACGUAUACUGUAAAUGGGAGCAGCAGACCCCACUAAAUUAUGCUGACGUAUACUGUAAAUGGGAGCAGCAGACCCCACUAAAUUAUGCUGACGUAUACUGUAAAUGGGAGCAGCAGACCCCACUAAAUUAUGCUGACGUAUACUGUAAAUGGGAGCAGCAGACCCCACUAAUUUAAAUGACCGAACAGAGUCACCUAGUGCAUCCGUUUGCAACGUAUGCAUCAUUUUAGGUGGGCUGCUGUGCUUUUGAGUCUUCUCAAAUUAGCACAUCAUCCUGAAAAGAGUCACUAGACUAGAGUAUACGUCGCAACCCUGCUUUUGGCGGGAUGCUAAUGGUUUCGAUUAACAGGUGCACUAACGCUGUAUGAACCAAGCUCUGGGUGCAGAAAACAAGGGUGAAGGGAUGUGAAAGGGAAAAAAAUGCAUAAAAUGUAAUGUAGCACUGUUUUACUUUUUUGUUUCAGUUGUUUAAUUUUAGACAUCUUUCAUUAUUUAA